AGCAGAUAUAUAUAUGACUUUGCGAAUCCAUGAAUGAUCCAGUUUACGGCGAGACCCAAGACCGUAUACAUUAUACAUUUAACAAAGUGAGACCAAUUUCAUAGCUACCAAUAUUCGAAAUGGUUGUCGGCACGAACAAUGGACUCCCAAACUUUGCCAACCUCAACGAACUCGCAUCGGAAACUAAUGGGGGUCAAAUAGUAUUUGCUACCGACGAUUGGUUCGCGUGUGCGGAAAAUCUUCUCAAGGACACGGAACCAGUCUUCAAACCGGACCUCUAUACGGAUUUUGGAAAAUGGAUGGAUGGCUGGGAGACGAGAAGAAGAAGAUGCCAAGGUCACGACUGGGCAGUCAUUGCUCUGAAGAAACCAUCUACGAUAAUGGGCGUCUGCGUUGACACGGCGUACUUUACAGGAAAUUAUGCUCCAAGGUUUUCCAUCCAGGCAGCUAAGCUCACGGAUGAAGAGGCAAGACUGUUCCCAAAAAGAGAAUGCAAAAUUGGCACAGCCGCGAACAAAUCUCAACUGGAACAAGUCCAGCGCAUCAACACUCAGAAGUGGGAGACUUUGGUGCCAAUGACGAAUCUCGAAGCCGGAUAUGAAGACACUCGUCUGAAUUAUUUUAACGUCUUGGAAACUGGUACCUGGACUCAUCUUCGAUUGAACAUGUUUCCCGAUGGCGGAAUCGCUCGGCUGCGAGUCUUCGGCUUCGUUACUCCUGAUUGGGAAGAGGUGAACUCUGAUAAACUGAUCGAUUUAAUUUCCGCCGAGAAUGGCACUGUCUGCGAAAGCUACAGCAACGCGCACUACGGGCAUCCCAGAAAUCUGAUCAAGACUGAGAAAGGAAUCAACAUGGGUGACGGCUGGGAAACUGCGAGGAGACUUGACAGACCACCCAUCCUAGAAGCCGACGAUUCCGGUGUCCUGCAGGUUCCCGGUAACGAAUGGGCGAUAUUCAGGCUUGGACAUGUAGGUGAAAUUCACUCGAUCGAAGUGGACACAAAUUUUUUCAAGGGAAACUUCCCGGACAGCAUAAAAAUCGAAGGAGUUCUCGCAGACUCUAAUCAAGACUCUAGGAGGUGGGCUUGGAAGACGAUAAUGUCUCCAAAGAAGCUAUCACCGCACAAACAACAUUUCUACACUACCGACGACCUGCUAUCUCACGGACCCAUAACUCAUGUCAAACUAACCAUGGCACCGGAUGGGGGAAUCUCCAGGGUCAGAAUGCUUGGUCACAUUUCGCAUUAGUCAUUGUUUUUAUAUUCCUAUUGAAAAAAUUCUAACCCACGUGAUACGUAUGAUGCAUAUUCCCAAGGUGCAGGUUACAGCUCUGGAAUCAGAGAUUCUAACCAUGGUGAUUGGUGUUGAAUUUUGCAAUACGAAAAAUUUCUUCGCUAAUAUUCGUAAGUCGUGAUUCGUGGACUCUUUGACAACAUUCAUGUGCAUUCAUGACUAUUACAGUUAAGUGUAAAUUCAAGGAUUUCGAAUUGAUUCGUUUAGUUUUAGUCUUCAUCUCACUCUCAGUAUAUGUUAGGUGCAAUCUAUUUACCUAUUUCUAAAUCCCUCCGAAUAUUUGCGAUAGUAAGAUCCCACACAAUCUAUUGAAUCUGCUUUGAAUAUUCAAAACGUCUGCAUGUUCUGCGGAAAAUAGAUUUUGUAUGGAGUAAACGAUAUGUUCGUGGAAUAUUCAGAUGAAUAUUAAAAUUUUUUGAAAGUUAUUUGGUAAACUUACGUUUAUUCUUGUGAUACAAAUAUAUUUUACAAAAUCGUGCGAAUAUUCCUUGAACAUGU